GGUGAUAUCCCUGGCACUCACCCCAAAUAGGGGCGGGAGAUGGAGGUGCACAUUGGACUCGGGGGGGUCUACAAGCAGCCUCCAGGGAAAAUGAUACGUGGAGUCUUUGAGAAUCUUUUUUUGAGCGUCAGGGAGGCUCUGCCAGGUGAGAGGAGAACAGCUGCUUCUCUGGACACCUCCAGCCCCCUCUCCUCUUGUGCUCACCCCCAUCCCACCUGGAGCAACUCCUCACCCUGGUCCGAAGCCCGGGCCACCCCGUGGAGAGAACCACAGGGAGCGAAGCAGGAUCCGCCACCCUGCAGCCCUCAGAGCCAGCCACCCCAGUUCCCUCUCAGCAGCUGCCCAACAGAAUUGAAGGAGAUCCUGGGCGACCAGGGAGGGAUGCCGGAGGAAGGCAACCCAGAGCCAUCGUCCAAGGAAGGUUAUCCAGAGGGCAUCUCCGACAGUGCCAAAGAGAUCUGCAAAGCGGUGUCUGUGUCCCUCGGGCUCAGCAUGGAGGCGCUGGAGCAUCUGAGCACCGCGGGGGAGGGGCAGAGAGGUGACUGCAUGUUCGCGGGGCCCUCACAUCACACCAUGGACGCCCAGAAAUGCCAAGUGGCUGAGGAAGACAAGAGUGACACCUCAUCCUCCCAGUACCAUGAAGGUGCCUUUAGGAGGGCUGGCCAGAGUACCUAUUCUCCUGGCAAAGCCCCAGAGGAUGGCAGUUCAUUGCCCGCAGAAGAUAAAGAGCAGCCCUGCACCGACAUGGCACUGCCGGAGCCCGGGGUCUUGAGAAGCCGUGGGAUGGAGAUGAUUCCGAGCCUGACCUUAUACAAGCCUACUGCUUUUAUGGAGGACAGUCCUGCUUACCCAAGCCGGGACUAUUACAGCUUUCAGAUGGCACUUGCUCCACAUGGCAGGAUAAAGGUGGAGAGCCCCAUGGAGUUCGCCGGCGGCGCUUGGGGAGGACCGAGCCGAUACGGCGAGCUCCCCGGCUUUCCACACUGCGGCCCCUCCGCCAACUGGCAUUCCCUCUUCGAGGAUGGACAGACCUCGGCUUCUUACGCAGAUGCCGGUUUGUACAGCUACCCACGAAGCCACGUACCGCCGGGGCCGGACGCCGAAUUCCCCGCCGAGGCUUGGUAUCCGGCGACCGCCAUGUUGGGAAGGGUUCCAUAUGGGAGUCCAGUGAAGACGGAGAUGGCCCCAUGGAUGGACGGCUACCCCGGUGCAUUUGGAGAGAUGAGGAUGGAGGGGGGCAGGGAACACCUUUUACCCAUCGACUAUUACUUCCCGCCACAGAAAACCUGCUUGAUCUGCGGAGACGAGGCGUCCGGGUGCCACUACGGUGCGCUGACAUGUGGCAGCUGCAAAGUCUUCUUCAAGAGAGCAGCGGAAGGAAAACAGAAAUACCUUUGUGCCAGCCGAAAUGACUGCACCAUCGACAAAUUCCGGAGGAAAAACUGUCCGUCGUGCCGUUUGCGAAAAUGUUACGAGGCUGGCAUGACAUUAGGAGCACGUAAACUGAAGAAGUUGGGUAAUCUGAAGGCUCAGGAAGAGUUGGAAGGAUCUCCUGGCCAGGGAGAAGGAAGAGAGAUGACACCAAACAUGUCCAUUCCACAUCUCGAGGGCUAUAGCUGCCAACCAAUCUUCCUGAAUGUGCUAGAGGCCAUAGAGCCCAUCGUGGUUUGCUCUGGACAUGACAACAACCAGCCCGACAGUUUUGCAUUGUUAUUGAGCAGCCUCAACGAGCUGGGAGAGAGGCAGCUGGUGCACGUGGUGAAGUGGGCAAAGGCAUUACCAGGUUUCCGUAACCUGCAUGUAAACGACCAAAUGACCGUCAUACAGUACUCCUGGAUGGGCCUUAUGAUAUUCGCUAUGGGAUGGAGGUCGUUCAAAAACGUCAACUCAAGAAUGUUGUACUUUGCUCCAGAUUUGGUGUUUAACGAGUACCGCAUGCACAAAUCACGCAUGUACAGCCAGUGUGUUCGAAUGCGUCACCUGUCGCAAGAAUUUGGAUGGUUACAGAUCACACCAGAGGAGUUCCUGUGUAUGAAGGCCCUUCUGCUCUUCAGCAUUAUUCCUGUGGAAGGUCUGAAAGAUCAGAAGUGCUUCGAUGAGCUGCGGAUGAACUACAUUAAGGAACUAGAUCGAGUCAUCUCCUGCAAAAGGAACAACCCAGCUUCCAGCUCACGGCGGUUUUUCCAGCUCACCAAACUCCUGGAUUCAGUGCAGCCAAUCGCUCGUGAGCUGCACCAGUUUACAUUUGACCUCUUUGUGAAGGCCCAGAUGGUGAGCGUGGAUUUUCCUGAGAUGAUGUCCGAGAUCAUUUCUGUGCAGGUCCCAAAGAUCCUGUCUGGAAGAGUGAAGCCCCUCUACUUCCACAGUUCAUGAAGGUCCCCUCCGCGGGCCGCUUUCCCAUACCCAUGCAGUGUGCCUUAAGGGUCACCGUGUACAGAUAUGCAAAAUGGGACUCCGCCUCCAGCCUCCACCGCGUCACGUCAGAACGGCGUGACCGCUAAAA